UGUCAGCAGCCUUGCUCCGCUGACAGACAGUGGCAGCAUGCAUGCAGGUCUUUGCAGCAACAUGCGCCAAGAGCCAUCUGUCCUGUAACAGAAAGAGCGGCGUAGAUUAUGUUGUCGAGAGAGAGAGAGAGAGAGAGAGAGAGAGAGAGAGAGAGAGAGCGCAUUACGCACGCCCUGAUCCUCUCCACGCAGAACCAGUGUGGCGCACAGACCGGCGGCAGCCCUCAGAAAGUGGGAAGUUUUCGCCAAAGGAUUCUAUCUAAAAAUUAAUCACCUUCAUGUCGACUCUGUUGGAUACUAACCUGCCGAUGCUAUGGUUACCUUUAUUACGAUCUUGCAGGUGAAUCUAGUGAUGUCCAUCCUGCUGUAUGUGAUGGUCCUUGUGUACCUCUAUGGUAUCCAGGCAACCAACAUGGACAGCAGUCACCAGGGGCAACAGCAGCAGCAGCAGCCAAGUCCCGACCCCUUAAAUUCCCUUAUCAUCGAGCUGCUUCAGGCUGACCUGACAAGGGGGAAGACCAGAGUGAACCAGAGCCAACAGGGGAAAAGCCGGGACACUGAGCCCAGGGACACGCUGCCUCCUCUCCUCAGUGCAAACCUUCCUUUAGAAGAGCAGGGCGAUGCGGAGCAGUGGGGGAUGGGAGGCCGCAGCGGUGGGAGCAGUGACAGCGGGGUCGACCAACAGGUGAUGCUGUUGAACACGGACCUUCUCAGGCAGCACAAGCGGUACAACUCACCUCGGGUGCUGCUGAGCGACCGGCUACCGCUACAGCCGCCGCCGCUUUACCUCGCUGACGACUUUGUGAGCGGUGGAUUGGACGGCGGGGCAGCGGGAAACAAGACACGAAAGAAGCGUUACGCUGAGCACAAGAGCUAUCGUGGGGAAUACUCUGUGUGCGACAGCGAGAGCCAGUGGGUGACGGAUAAAACCCAAGCAGUGGACACCAGGGGGGACCCUGUUGUUGUUCUGGCCAAAAUUAAAACUAGUGCCACGCAGGACAUCAAACAGUACUUUUAUGAGACGCGCUGUCGGACCCCCAGGCCGUUUAAAAGUGGCUGCAGGGGCAUUGACGACAAGAACUGGAACUCGCAGUGCAAGACGACGCAGACGUACGUUCGAGCGCUGACGCAGGUUCGCAAUACAGUGGGCUGGAGGUGGAUACGCAUAGACACCUCCUGCGUCUGCGCACUGUCGAGGAAACGUCACAGGACGUAAAGAAAACAAUACAAGCCCUGCUGGGGACUACCUGUUUGGAAUUCUACUUCAUGUAUAGGAUUUUAUUUCCUGUUCAAAGUGCUCCCUGCCACAGGAUUAUGUGUCAUGUUGGUGAACAGCAACAUUCUGCUAUAAAGUGAUACUUCUACAGAAGAAAUCUUGGGUCCAUUUAAAUGAUAUUUCACAUUAAUGUGCUGCUGGUCCACAAGCCGGUGCAGUGCCGCUGUUAUGGAAGAACUCAUUUUAGAGGGGUCGGGGAGGGAGGGAGCGAGUGUGUGAGAGGGAACUGUAUAUAUAAAUUAUUUAAAUUAUAUGAAAUGCAUGUAGUUUAUACAUGUUUAUCUAUCUAUAUAUGACGUAUAAAUAUAUUUGUGUUAUUUAUUGAAAGAAGUCUUCUUCAAAAGGAAAAAACAUGUCUACAAAAAAGGAAUGAAACAAGCUAUGAACUCAUUUUGAGACAAUAAUACAGAGCUGGGCUGCAAAGGUGCUUCACAGUAAGAUUUUACAUGUGCCUUGACCAGUGUGGCUGCAGAGCAGAGACGUAGGACAUACAGUGACAGACAGCAGUUGCCGCAAAUGUUUUGAGGAAACAGUUACAGGGACCUGUCCUGUCCGGUGCAGCAAUAUGGGGCCCUAAUUCUUAGCAUUACUCCCUAAUGAGACAAAUAAAACAGUAUAUCAGAGAGUUAAAUGACCAAAACAAAUUUCAGAUUUGUGACCAAACAUAUAGUACUAUAUUUACACAUUCACAAUUCACUGUACUGUUAUGUUGUACUACUCAGACAAAAUAAAAAUUCCUCUUUUGGAAUCUGCUGGCAGUGACUGACAGAGAUUUAAGACCAACGGUUUGGUUUUCCUCUGACCAUUUUCACUCUGUUCAACACAUUUUACUCUCAACUGUUAUCAUGAGCUGUUUUUUGUUUCUUCCAAUUAAUAAAGCUAUAUUUCUUAAAUCUGGAAACAUUUAAUUAACGAACACCCAUUUCAAAUAGAAAAAAAAGACUUUACAUUGGUAAUAGCAUAUUAUAUUGCUUUAAGAAAUAAUACUAUUCUCCAAAAUAUAAUUUUAACAUUUCUAGCAUGCACUGUUGGCAAAGAUGGACUACAUGGAGUAAAAGCUGAUUUUUUCAAGGCUAUUAGCUAAACAUGAGUUGUUGUACACCAGCAGCCAUUGCAAGUCCCUCACUCUGCUGUUGUGUGUGAAACUUCAAUCUCUCACAUAUGACUUUGAGAAAAGGCUUUGUUACUGGCUUUAUGAGAAUGGAAUUUUAUUUUAGUGAAGUGAGUCUAAAAAAAUAGACCCUGAGAAAUGCAACGAUAACAACUGUUUGGGUCUUGAAAACUAGAGUGACCGGCUGUUUCAGGAUCACAUUUUUUAAGAACUUCAAUGUGAACAAAGGGUCUUGGGGCUAAGUGAUAUAUUUAUGGUAUUUAUAAAUCAUCACAAGCUUCGUCCUUUAAAUGCUUUAAAUGUCUUGUGUUCAGGGAGUCCACAGUUCAGCCAGUGAGAGGAACAGUGAUAGUCGAUGAGAGGCCUGGUCAAUAGUCAUUUAUUCUGCUAUCUGAUCAGAUGUUUUACACUUCAGUUAUCUCGCCAGUUACAGCACAGAGCGAGAACAAAGAUAUCAGAUGGAGCUAAAUCUUUAUCAAAUGGGGUCAGCAGUCAAAGGACACGGAGUUGAUAAUGUAAAAGAAUAUUAAUUAUCUGCAGAACUAAUGCAGAACGGAUGCAGGAAACAUCUAGAGGGACUUUUACAAUGGCUUCCUCUGUGUGCAGCACUAAUGCAGGAUAAAUGCAGGAUGAACUGAAAGUUCAGUGAUGGUUAUCGCCAUGGCACUCUAAUUAUCUGAUAUUAGCUGCAGUAUUUAGAGUUUGGAAAAUUCAAAAGGCUGAACCGAGGUCAAAUUCAAGAGCAAACUAGUCAUAAAGUCCUUAAUCUGUGAAUUUAUAGAAAUGGGUCCCAAUCAAGCCUGAAACAUGGAAAAAAGAAGAUAUCCCGUAUCAAAAAAGGAGGUUUCAGAAACACCAUAAGCGAAGAAAAAUAAACUGUAAAAGGACAAUUAAUAUGACAUUUUGCAAAGCUGAGAAACAAAUCUAAUUUCAUGAUUUCUAACCUGUAGCCUCCAUAAAAAGUCAUCAUAUCCGUAACAAAAUGGUACAACCAUCUGAGAGCAUAGCAGAGAAAAAAAAGGAAAGAAAGUAAAAGAUCAAAAAGAGCAAAUCCCCAAAUGUGCAGUGAGACAGAAAGAGACCAGAGGCAAAGAGAUAUGAGAGAUAUGAAUCACUCAUUAUCAAAUGCCUUUAAAGGUCACUGCAGGGCACUGUGUGUGUUAAGAGUAAAGCUGUGUUGUGUAUUAUGGUAUGUGAUGAGACAAGAAGACUUAGCCAAUCAGAAGAUACGUGAUAAAUAAGAGAUGACUGUUAGCAUGACAGCAAUGCACGCCCCAGGUUACUAAGAGGUAUGAGACAUCAAAGUCAAAGCAAUAAGUAAGAGUUUUAAUGGCAGAUUCCACUGUGUUGAUUGGAAAUGGACUAAUUUUCAGGAAUAAAGUUUUUUUUUUUUUUAAUGAAUGUACAGUGUUUGUGGAAUAACACCCUCAAAGGAUCAGGGGACUGCCACUGGAUCAAGGAGAGCAUACUGCACACAUGUCUUUUGUCAAACUACUGUUAUGUGAGGAUUGGCUUGGCAUGCAUCUGAUUUUUGUCAACAAAUCUUGGGGUUUUAAAGGAAAAAUCCACCUUUAAACAUAUUGAAACUUUGUUAGAGAGAAAAGAGAGUGAUGUGGUGAUUAGUAAUGAACCAUUUGUGCACUUCAGA